GAGUUGGGUAGACAGAGCAGUCAGCCAACUUUUCCCUCGAAGCCAGGAUGCCAUGGUCUGUCCAGGGUCCGCGCCAGCAACAGUCGGAAAACGGUCUAGGGGAAUAAGGGGGAUCUUGGCAGACUGGUCUCCCCGGGCCCUGACUGAUGGGGUGAAGGAGAGCCGCAGGGGAAUACUGAGUUGGGAGGGACGCACUCUGUCACCGUACAGUUUCAAACCGGCCCCUUCACUCCACGGUUUCGGUUCCAAGUCGACCCUAUAAAACGAACGGGCUAAGAUCCGGCGGAAAUAGAGGAGUUGCGUUUUCCAGCAGGCUUUGGAGCCUGUUUCUCUUUCCGGCGCUGGGCAGGCUCGCUGGCAGCCGGCGUGCACUACUGCAUGGAUCCUGGCGGCCGGUGGCGGGGCUUGCCCAGCGGGCCCAGCCUCAAGCAUUUGACGGAUCCCUCUUACGGGGUCCCGCGGGAGCAACAGAAGCCGGCGCUGCAGGAGCUGACUCAGGCGCACGUGGAGUCCUUCAACUACGCGGUGCAGGAGGGACUCAGCCACGCGGUGCAGGCUAUACCUCCAUUUGAAUUUGCUUUCAAAGAUGAGCGUAUCACUCUUACUAUUGUGGAUGCUGUCAUCAGUCCCCCGACAGUCCCCAAAGGGAGCAUCUGCAAAGAGCUCAACAUUUAUCCUGCAGAAUGCCGGGGCCGGAGGAGUACCUACCGGGGAAGGUUGACGGCCGAUAUCAGCUGGGCAGUGAAUGGAAUCUCAAAAGGAACCAUUAAGCAGUUUCUUGGUUAUGUUCCCAUCAUGGUGAAGUCCAAGCUUUGCAACUUAUAUAGCCUAUCUCCAAAAGCCCUCAUGGAGCACCAUGAGGAACCAGAGGAAAUGGGAGGCUAUUUUAUAGUCAACGGCAUUGAAAAGGUCAUCCGAAUGUUGAUUAUGCCUCGGAGAAAUUUCCCCAUUGCAAUGAUCAGACCAAAAUGGAAAGCCAGGGGACCUGGCUAUACUCAGUAUGGAGUGUCAAUGCACUGUGUGAGGGAAGAGCACUCUGCUGUCAAUAUGAACCUUCACUACUUGGAAAAUGGCACGGUUAUGUUGAACUUUAUUUACCAGAAAGAAUUGUUCUUUCUUCCUUUGGGAUUUGCACUUAAGGCACUUGUCAGCUUUUCCGAUUACCAGAUCUUCCAGGAGCUCAUUAAAGGGAAAGAAGACAACUCUUUCUUUAGGAACUCGGUUUCUCAGAUGUUAAGGAUUGUGAUGGAUGAGGGCUGUUCCACACAAAAGCAGGUCCUUGACUAUCUGGGUGAACGCUUCAGGGUAAAACUCAGUCUCCCUGACUGGUGUUCGAAUGAACAAGCCGCGGAGUAUCUGUUUAAACAGUGCAUCUGUAUCCACUUGAAAUCUAAUACUGAAAAGUUUUAUGUACUUUGUCUCAUGACCCGGAAGCUGUUUGCUUUGGCCAAAGGAGAGUGCAUGGAGGACAGUCCUGACAGUUUAGUGAAUCAGGAGGUGCUCACACCCGGACAGCUCUUCCUCAUGUUUCUGAAGGAAAAAAUGGAAGCGUGGUUGGUAUCUAUUAAAAUAGGUUUAGACAAGAAGGCUCAGAAGACCAAUAUGUCUAUAAACACUGAAAAUUUGAUGAAGAUUUUAAAUCUGGGAACAGACCUUACAAAACCGUUUGAAUAUCUUCUUGCUACUGGGAAUCUGCGUUCUAAAACAGGCCUUGGCUUCCUGCAAGAUUCUGGACUUUGUGUUGUGGCUGAUAAGCUGAACUUCGUCCGCUAUCUCUCCCAUUUCCGCUGUGUGCACAGAGGGGCUGACUUUGCCAAGAUGAGGACCACCACAGUGCGCAGGCUGCUGCCGGAGUCCUGGGGCUUCCUUUGCCCCGUGCACACCCCCGAUGGGGAGCCCUGUGGUUUGAUGAACCACUUAACUGCCACGUGUGAGGUCGUCACGCAGUUUGUGUACACAGCCUCUAUUCCAGCUUUGCUCUGCAACCUGGGGGUCACUCCCGUUGACGGAGCGCCACACCGACCUCACGCCGAAUGCUACCCUGUCCUGCUGGAUGGUGUCAUGGUUGGCUGGGUGGAUCAGGAGCUCGCUCCUAGCGUGGCAGCUUCUCUCCGACAUUUUAAGGUGUUGAAAGAAAAAAGAAUUCCUCCCUGGAUGGAGGUGGCCCUUGUGCCCAUAACAGGAAAGCCAAGUCUGUACCCAGGCCUGUUCCUUUUCACCACUCCUUGUCGGCUGGUGCGGCCCGUGCAGAACUUGGAAUUGGGCAAAGAAGAGCUGAUUGGAACUAUGGAGCAGCUCUUCAUGAAUAUCGCUGUCUUUGAAGAAGAGGUCUCUGCUGGCGUGACCACCCACCAAGAGCUCUUCCCUCACAGCCUGCUGAGUGUCAUCGCCAACUUCAUCCCUUUCUCCGACCACAACCAGAGUCCGAGGAACAUGUACCAGUGCCAGAUGGGAAAGCAAACGAUGGGUUUCCCGCUUCUCACUUACCAAGACCGAUCGGAUAAUAAGCUCUAUCGUCUUCAGACCCCACAAAGCCCCUUGGUGAGGCCACGCAUGUACGACCACUAUGACAUGGACAGCUACCCCAUCGGGACCAACGCCAUCGUUGCUGUCAUUUCCUACACUGGCUACGACAUGGAAGACGCCAUGAUUGUGAAUAAGGCUUCUUGGGAACGAGGCUUUGCCCAUGGAAGUGUCUACAAGUCUGAGUUCAUAGAUCUCUCUGAAAAAAUUAAACAAGGAGAUGAUAGUUUGGUGUUUGGAGUCAGACCUGGUGACCCGCGGACUGCGCAGAAGUUAGAUGAGGACGGCUUGCCCUUUAUUGGAGCGCAGCUGCAGUACGGAGACCCGUACUACAGCCACAUAAACCUCAACACGGGGGAGAGCUACGUGACAUUCUACAAGAGUAAAGAAUACUGUAUUGUGGACAACAUCAAAGUGUGUAGUAAUGACACCGGCAGUGGGAAAUUCAAGUGUGUUUGCAUCACAGUGAGAAUCCCUCGGAAUCCAACCAUCGGAGACAAAUUUGCCAGCCGUCAUGGUCAGAAGGGCAUCCUGAGCAGACUGUGGCCAGCCGAGGACAUGCCCUUUACUGAAAGCGGGAUGGUCCCAGACAUUCUGUUCAACCCUCACGGGUUCCCCUCCCGGAUGACUAUUGGUAUGUUAAUUGAGAGCAUGGCCGGCAAGUCUGCAGCUCUGCAUGGUCUCUGUCACGAUGCCACACCCUUCAUCUUUUCAGAGGAGAACUCGGCCUUGGAAUACUUCGGUGAGAUGUUAAAGGCUGCUGGCUACAACUACUAUGGCACCGAGAGACUGUACAGUGGCAUCAGUGGGCUGGAACUGGAGGCGGACAUUUUCAUAGGUGUGGUUUAUUACCAACGGUUACGCCACAUGGUCUCAGACAAAUUCCAGGUCAGAACCACAGGAGCCAGGGACAGAGUCACUAACCAGCCCAUUGGAGGGAGGAAUGUGCAGGGUGGGAUCCGCUUUGGGGAGAUGGAGCGGGAUGCUCUCUUAGCUCAUGGAACUUCUUUUCUCCUUCACGACCGCCUCUUCAACUGUUCUGACCGGUCAGUAGCCCACGUGUGUGUGAAGUGUGGCAGUUUGCUCUCUCCGCUGCUGGAGAAGCCACCCCCGUCGUGGUCAGCCAUGCGAAACCGAAAAUACAACUGUACUGUGUGUAAUCGCAGUGACACCAUCGACACCGUUUCUGUGCCUUACGUGUUUCGGUAUUUUGUAGCUGAACUGGCAGCUAUGAACAUCAAAGUCAAACUGGAUGUCAUUUAAUUUGAUGUGGCCUCUUGGGUUAGGGGUUCUGUCAGAUUAAAAUAAAAUGUAACUUCACUGAA